AGCGGUAAGAAUGGUAAUGGUGCCCGCGAUGCAAAACAGUUUGCUUCUCCAGCCUCUGCUCUCAGACACAGAAUAUAAAGUUACAGUCACUCCCAUCUAUUCCGAUGGGGAAGGGGCCAGUUUAUCAGUCCCAGGAAAAACCUUGCCACUGUCUGCUCCAACAAACCUGAGGGUCUCCGAGGAAUGGUAUAACCGAUUGCGCAUUAGCUGGGAUGCCCCUCCAUCACCCACAAUGGGAUACAGGAUUGUAUACAAACCUGUGAACAUCCCUGGGCCAGCCCUAGAGACCUUUGUGGGAGAUGAUAUCAGCACCAUUCUUAUUCUGAAUUUAUUCAGUGGAACUGAAUACAGCAUUAAAGUAUUUGCUUCAUACUCAACGGGAUUCAGCGAUGCUUUGGCGGGUGUGGCCAAAACAUUGUACUUGGGAGUGAUGAAUUUGGGGGUUUAUCAGGUCCGCAUGACAAGCCUAUGUGUCCAUUGGCAGCUUCAGAGGCAUGCAACUGUAUACAGGACAGUGAUAGAAUCUCUUUUUGAUGGGACAAAGAGGGAAGUACUACUGGGGGGUGGGACCCCAAGGCAUUGCUUCUUUGACCUUAUUCCUGCCACCAAGUAUAAAGUCAGUGUUUAUACGCAGCUGCAAGAAAUAGAGGGCCCUGCUGUUAGCAUCAUGGAGACAACGUUACCAUUCCCCACUCAACCACCGCCAACUCCUCCACCUACUACCCCACAGCCUACAAUUCCUCCUGCAAAGGAAGUUUGCAAAGCUGCGAAGGCCGACCUGGUGUUUUUGGUGGAUGGUUCAUGGAGUAUUGGAGAUGACAAUUUCAACAAAAUAAUUGCCUUUCUGUACAGCACUGUGGGAGCCCUUGACAAAAUUGGCCCUGAUGGAACACAGGUAGCAAUUGCUCAGUUCAGUGACGAUCCCAGGACAGAAUUUAAGCUGAAUGCCUACAGAAGUAAGGAGACUCUCUUGGAGGCCAUCCAGCAGAUAGCAUACAAAGGAGGAAACACCAAAACUGGCAAGGCAAUUAAGCAUGCUCAGCAGGCCUUAUUCACCAUUGAAUCGGGGACCAGAAAGGGAAUCCCGAAGGUUCUGGUAGUGAUCACAGAUGGGCGGUCACAGGACGAUGUGAACAAAGUCUCCAGAGAGAUGCAACUAGAUGGGUUCAGUAUAUUUGCCAUUGGAGUGGCAGAUGCUGACUAUUCAGAGCUGGUAAACAUCGGCAGCAAACCAAGCGACAGGCACGUCUUCUUUGUGGAUGACUUCGAUGCCUUCAAGAAGAUCGAAGAUGAACUGAUCACUUUUGUUUGUGAAACGGCGUCAGCAACCUGCCCACUGGUUUAUAAAGAUGGCAACAGUCUUGCAGGAUUUAAAAUGAUGGAGAUGUUUGGUUUGGUUGAAAAGGAGUUUGCAACUGUGGAAGGGGUUUCCAUGGAGCCUGGAACUUUUAAUGCAUACCCUUGUUACAGCCUACAUAAAGACGCCUUGGUCUCCCAGCCAACCAAAUACUUGCACCCCGAGGGGCUUCCUUCAGACUACACCAUUACUUUUCUCUUCCGUAUACUGCCUGAAACACCCCAGGAACCGUUUGCUCUCUGGGAGAUUUUAAAUGAAGAAUACGAGCCAUUGGUUGGAGUGAUAUUAGACAAUGGCGGAAAAACCCUGACUUUCUUCAAUUAUGACUACAAAGGUGAAUUCCAAACUGUAACAUUUGAAGGACCUGAUAUAAAGAAAAUAUUUUAUGGAAGUUUCCAUAAGUUGCAUGUCAUUAUCAGCAAAACGGCUGCUAAAAUAGUGAUUGACUGCAAACAAGUGGGCGAGAAAGCAAUCAGCGCAGCUGGCAAUAUCACCUCUCAAGGGAUCGAAGUAUUGGGAAGAAUGGUCCGAUCCAGAGGACCGAGGGACAAUACUGCACCGUUCCAGUUGCAAAUGUUUGAUAUCGUUUGUACGACUUCAUGGGCUAAUAGAGAUAAAUGCUGUGAACUUCCUGGAUUGAGAGAUGAAGAAAGUUGCCCCUCCCUCCCUCAUGCUUGUUCCUGUUCUGAAACGAGCAAAGGUCCUCAGGGGCCACCUGGGCCACCGGGUGGACCAGGCCUCAGAGGUCCAAAGGGUAACCGUGGCGAAUAUGGCCCAAAGGGGCCGGAUGGACCACGAGGUGAGAUUGGAGCUCCUGGUCCUCAAGGACCUCCUGGGCCACAAGGGCCAAGUGGACUUUCUAUUCAAGGACUUCCGGGACCAAUUGGUGAAAAAGGAGAAAAGGGAGAAGAUGGUCGUCCUGGCAUACAGGGUGUCAUGGGACCCCCGGGACCCCCAGGACGAGAUGGAAGCCAGGGCCCACGGGGCCUACCUGGGAAAGAUGGGCCUACUGGACCACAAGGGUCCACAGGACCUGCGGGGAUACCUGGUGCUCCAGGUGUGCCGGGAGUUAUGGGGAAUGCUGGAAAACAAGGAGACGUUGGGCCCCCUGGACUUCCUGGACUAAAAGGCGAGAGAGGAGAACGCGGAGACCUUCAGUCCCAUGCAAUGGUGCGGGCAGUAGCUCGUCAAGUGUGUGAACAGCUGAUCCAGGGACACCUGGCCAGAUAUAACUCCAUCCUAAAUCAGAUUCCAAGCCAAUCUGUGUCAACAAGAACUAUCCCCGGGCCUCCAGGUGAACCUGGUAGGCAAGGGCUGCCUGGACCUCAAGGAGAACAAGGAUCUUCAGGAAGACCAGGGUUUCCUGGCAGUUCUGGCCAGCCUGGAAGACCUGGUGAAAGAGGUUUACCAGGAGAAAAAGGCGAGAGAGGUAGUCCCGGUGUUGGAACACAAGGACCUCGGGGUCCCCCAGGUCCUGCAGGACCUCCAGGUGAGAGUCGAACGGGUAGCCCAGGUCCUCCUGGCUCUCCAGGCCCAAGAGGGGCAACUGGUCACACAGGUGCUCCUGGGUCACAGGGUACAGCAGGGCAACCCGGAUACUGUGACCCUUCUUCCUGUGCUGGUUAUGAAACAGGAGGUUCAUUUCCUUACAAUGGCUACCAAUACAGAACGUGAAAGACACUGAUUCGGGUGGAUACGGGGAUCCAACUGAUGAAGAUAUCCCAGUCGUGCCAUUGCCGCAUAACUCCUACCAGCACUAUGACCCUGAGGACCUUUACGAUGGGGAACAGCAGCCCUAUCUCGUUCACGGG